UUUUUUUUUUUUUUUAAAGUCGUGUUAAGUUGAUUGUUUUUUUUUUUACUUUAACUUGUGCAUUAAAAGUGUAAAAGUUUUAACCAGAGCCAGCCCAAGGCAUAAGCAAACUAAGCUGAUGUUUAGUAGAACGCUUGGGAUAUGUAAAUGUUAACAUUUUUCCAUUUUUUUGUUUUUUUUUGUUUGCCAAAAUAACUUGAAGCUAUUUAAAAUAUAUAUGAUGUUAGUUCUAAUCAUAGAAAAAUAUGUAGACAGUUUCAUAAUUACAGUGGCGUGCUACGAGGUUUCACUCAGGGCCUGCAGUCGGCAUCAACUGUACAAUAAAACACAAUACACACGUUGUGCAGGACAAUGCAAAAACUAUGCAUCACACCAAGCGACAGGCAUCCAAUAAUAUGCAAACCAAUAAAAAAAUACGCCAAGUAAAGCAACAAGGCAGCCCAGCAAUGCAUGUAUCAAGCAAUAUAUCAAUGUAUAUUUUAACAAAGUAAACAGGCAACAUUGCACAUAAUUGAACACCAGCAGUUUAGCAAAACUUCUCUGUGGUCCCCAGUUGGGACAAAUAAAGGAAAAUGAUUUAAUUGUGACAAUUUAUUGUCAAGGUCACAGCUAUCCCUGUGGCAUUUUUGGACAAGACUUUUUUCCUUCCACUCAACUUUCCAAAAGUAUUCUCAAACGCGACACUCUGUGGGCAGCCUGCUUCUCUUCUGACUUUAAAUUUUCUGAGGACAUGUGCGCAGUUAAUCUUUAUAUCAGUUUUAUGUAUUUAUUUUUUGACAAUUAAAUGGCUGAAAUACAGUUUUCAAUGAUGUUCCAGUUCAUUGCCACGGUGUUGAGUUGGCCAACUGGAUGUGGAGAGAAACCCAGGUCAGAACCUUGGACCGGUUCUGGCAUCGACAUCAUCAGAGGAAUGAAUCCUCAGCCUCCAGCUCUCCUGCUUCCAGAUUUCAUUUUGAUUUAUUUGUGUGUGUGUGUGUGUGUGCGUGUGUGCGUGUGUGUGGGUGUGUGUGUGUGUGUGGAUGUUUCGGGGUGGGCGUGGUUUGUGGCGAGGUUCGGGGGGGGGUGAACUACGUCACUGAUGGUUAUAUAGGCUGCAGCUGUGGCGACGGGCUCGCGCUGCUGAGACAAGCAGAGCACUGAGGACCGGCAGGCGCGCGCUCACACUCACGCUCUCCCCCAAACAAAGAAGCAGCACGCGAGGCGGCAGAGCAUCCCACCCUAUCGGCCCACUUGCAGAAGCCUUCCCCCCCCCGAAACCCCCCAUCCUGCUCAUCCCUCCAAGGCAAGAACCGGUCCGAACCGAAGACCCCCCCCCCCCCCCGCAAACACCCCCCCACCCGGCCCCGACCAUGACGACCAAUGGCUCAGCAAACGGAACCAGCGACAUGCUGCAGAUCCAGUUCGGCCUCAUCAACUGCGGGAACAAAUACCUCACCGCGGAGACGUUCGGCUUCAAAAUUAACGCGUCGGCCACCAGCAUGAAGAAGAAGCAGAUCUGGACCCUGGAGCAGAGCGGAGACGACUCCAGCGCCAACGUGUUCUUCCUCAAGUCGCAUCUGGGCCGGUACAUCGCCGCGGACAAGGACGGCAACGUCACCGGAGACAGCGAGGCCGCCGGUCCGGAGUGCCGCUUCGUCAUCACCGCCCACGACGACGGCCGCUGGUCCCUGCAGUCCGAGCAGUACGGCCGGUACCUGGGCGGCACCGAGGACCGGAUCAUCUGCUUCGCGCAGACUGUGUCCGUGGCGGAGAAAUGGAGCGUGCACAUCGCCAUGCACCCGCAGGUGAACAUCUUCAGCGUGACGCGCAAGCGCUACGCGCACCUGAGCGACAAGGUGGACGAGAUUGCCAUCGACCGGGACGUGCCGUGGGGGGUGGACUCCAUGAUCACGCUGGUGUUCCGCGAGCAGCGGUACCACCUGCAGACCUCCGACAACCGCUUCCUGAGGAACGACGGGGCGCUGGUGGCCACCACGGACAAGACCACGGGCUACACGCUGGAGUUCCGCUCCGGGAAGGUGGCCUUCAGGGACUGCAGCGGCAAGUACCUGGCGCCCUCCGGGCCGUCCGGCACCAUGAAGUCCGGCAAGAGUGCGCGGGUGGGCAAGGACGAGCUGUUUGUGCUGGAGCAGAGCCACCCGCAGGUCGUGCUCACCGCCGGGAACGAAAGGAACGUCUCCACCAGGCAAGGCAUGGACCUGUCUGCCAAUCAGGACGAAGAAAGCGACCAGGAGGUGUUCCAGGUGGAGAUCUGCCGCGAGAACAGGAAGUGCGCGUUCCGGACCGCCGCUGGGAAGUACUGGACCCUCACUGCCAACGGAGGCCUGCAGUGCACCGCCUCCAGCAAGUCCACUAACUGCUACUUUGACAUCGAGUGGCGUGGGAAGCGUCUGACUCUCCGCGCAGCCAACGGGAAGUAUGUGGCGGCCAAGAAAAACGGCCAGCUCGCCGCCACCAUGGACUCUGCAGGAGAGUCCGAGGAGUUCAUCAUGAAGCUGAUCAACCGUCCCAUCAUUGUCCUGCGUGGCGAACACGGCUUCAUCGGCUGCAGGAAGGUGACCGGCACGCUGGACUCCAACCGCUCCUCCUACGACUACUUCACCCUGGAGUUCAGAGACGGCGCUUACAGCCUGCAGGAUUCCACCGGAAAGUACUGGAUGGUGGGGAACGAGCAGGCGGUCGUGAGCAGCAGCGACACUCCCGUCGACUUCCUGUUCGAGUUCUGCGACUACAACAAGCUGGCCGUCCGCCACGCCGGUGACGGGAAGUACCUCCGCGGCGACCACGCCGGCGUACUGAAGGCCAACGCAGACGACCUGGAGACCGCCACGCUCUGGGAGUACUGAGGGGAACCAGAGCCCCCUGAUCCGUCCACCGUGAAAACACCUACCUGUCCUCCCCCCUGCCCCCACACCCACAUAUUAAAUCCCUCCCCCUUUUGACUAUAUGUUGACAAACUGCACAGAGAGAUCAGCAAGGAUAGAAGGAAGGAGCCUCUCCUCUCUCCCUCCCUUGCCUUCCUUCCUUCCUCCGUUCUUCUUUGUUUUUUUUUGUUUUUUUUCUCAGCUCUGCCCUCUGGUGCCAACCUGUAUCCGUCGCCGUAGUUACCACAGGGUGCUGUGCACUUUUCCUGCUUCGAUCCGUCUUUGUCGCGCCACUUCUCGCUCCCUCCGCGUUUCUGCUUGUGGCGUCUGAACUGGACUGAAGGGUCCAGAUUCAGUGUUUGUUUAUGAGACCUCGGCGUUCUUGAUGACUGUAAUAUAACUAGAGUGGAUCUGAUGAUGUAGACAAUGUAACUCGACUGGACAAAGCUCCGCCCACCUCCCAUUAGCCCCUCCCCCCAUCUCAUCUCAAGUGUAUGAUAUUUAGAUGUAAGCCCGUGUGGCUCUCUAGCUACAUUAUCAUCAGUCGGUGACGAGCCAGAAGUCUGAGAUCUUAGCAGGUCAUAGGAAGAAACCUAAAUCCUCCGGAAGCUGUAGUCGGAGAAACAGAAUAAAGGGUUAAACGCCGGCGCAGAUCAACACACGUUUCCGUACGUUUGCUGCACUCUUGCACAGUUGGAUUCAUUUCUUGCUCCAAGUCCAAGGCACAGACAUUAUCAUGGCUAAAAGUGUACAGCGGAUAGGUGUAGUAAAUGUAGUGAAACAGUCAAUAGAUGCCUAGAAAGCUGCUUUUAUUAUUAUUAUUAUUUUAUUUUCUUCUCGAUUUCCCUCGACCAAACGAACACCCGAGCCUUUACGCAGACCAAACUUUUGAUACUGGGCAGACGAACCCGGCGUCAAGCUGUUCACAACUGGAAUCUGGUGCUAACAACAUGUUCACGUUCAACAUCUCGACUCCACGUCGGAGAAUCUUUUCGCCCAAAAUCCGUUUCUCUUUUUUUCUCUCCCUCUUGCAUCUCGGUUCCUGCCGUCUCGGUUUGAAACGGACGUUUUGUCUCGUAGUUUAGUCGCACAGAGUCUCAAUCUGCUGACUUUUUUAUUUUUUUUAUUUUUUAUUUUUUUUAAAUCCGCCUAGACGACCAAUCACCGCAAUCUCUCGACGAAUCGAUGCACGACUGUAUCCGGUCCAACGUUUUUCUGAGUGUUUUCAUGAAAGGUUCUGGGGAAACAAAAAGAGAGAAGUUCCUCUCGGAGAAACCUUUGGCAAACUGGAUGUUGGGAGGGUAGACAUGUGGUAAUGACUGUGCCUUACUCUUGAGUUUUGAUAUUUGGCAGUAGGAUAAUUAAUUAAUAAAAAAUUUAAAAAAAGGAAAGAAAAUGAAAGUCCACACAUUUUGCUUUGUAAAACUGGAACUUCCUUUUGUAUUAUUUUGUACAAUUUGUCUGGAAUAUUGUGGAGUAAUCUCUCUUGUGCCAUUGGUUCACCUGAAAUCCAGCAACCAAUAAAAACUGGAAUUUGGAACGCAAA